CUUGAAGAUGGAUUUUGCAACAUGGUGGGACACAGACUGGCAGCACAUUCGUCUUUGUGGCCGGACAGUCCACCUUGUUUGACAAUGAUCAGACCUUUUCAAAUAAUUGGGCUCAUGAUGACUUCCUCGGUGCCUGUCCAACUCUUCAAUGGGCCCAAUGAGCCAUGUGUGCAAGUCUCCGAGAUGAUGGGAAGGCCAGCAGAACUUCCAUGGACGAAACAGAACGCAAUCUACACCGCGUUGCCGGCAUGUGCUUGAACACUCCGCUGUCAAUAAGUGAAUAAGAGCUUAUUGAGGAUAAUUCCUCAACACCACUCACGUGUCUCCAUCACCACGAGUUGUUAUUCAUUUUCUCAACAGACUUCUAUCUAAGUUAUUGACCUGUUUAUUGACAGCAUGAUGGCUGAAGCUACUAACGGUCAGUUAUUGAGCAAUGACGGGCUCGGACAACUGGACGUUGUCUCGACUCUUGAUCUGUUUGAUCUAUCCCACCCUUCUUUGCCUCUGUACAAGAUUAGUAUCACAGAUUUUCCUUUUUGGCAUAGGAGACAUUCCUUUAUUCAAGAUCCUUGUUUCUCAGGAUCAAUUAGACAAAGCACUCUUUGUCUAGGACUAUUCUAACAGGAACAAAGUGUUCGAAAAUCUACACUUACAACCUAAAAGAAAUUCCUUGACAUGCAGGUAUCCCCUGUGAGCGUACUCGAACAGCAAUUCGAAGACAGAAGUUCGAUACUGAGACGAGAAAAAUGGUUUCCAUGGCCUCAGUCGUGCUGGACACGAUCCAUGAAGUAUUUCAGAACAUGAGUUCGGCUUUGUCUGAGCCCAUUCGCAAGCCCCAUGGUGGAAUUGCAAGACGUUUACAAGGUGGCAUCUUCAGGCCGUCCAAUAUCACCCUUCAGCCGACGAUGAACGGAACGUUCCACAAUCUCACCGUCAUCAACCCACCGAGAACGCCGCCUUUCUACACUGGACUUCAUGGGGUCAACUUAGUGUUGGAUAGUCAAUUGGUCAAGAUGCUGUGGCUGUCUAUAUGCAUUGCAGUAGGCACUGUCUUCAUUCUCCGACUUGCACAGUUAUUUGUGUCGUACAUCCGCAACAUCUUUUGCAUGACGGCAAAUCCUGAACAACAACGAUACUACGCAGUCGACCAUGGUGUCAUCUGGCCUUGGCUGAAAAAGCAUAUUGUUUAUGCACCUCUCUGGAAAAAGCGACACAACCGAGAAUUCCAGAUGUCGAGCGCCCACAAUUACGGAACCCUUCCUGGACGCAUCCAUUCUCUCCUGUUACUCCUCUAUGGGGCCUCGAAUGUGGUCUAUUGUUUGAUGUUGGAUUACAAUCCCCCACAGAAGGGUGCAGUGAUGGCCGAGCUCCGUGGUCGCAGUGGUGUCCUCGCAACCGUCAACCUCAUCCCUCUGGUAGUCUUGGCCUCAAGGAACAAUGUUGCUAUUCGAGCAUUGCGAGUCAGUUUCGAUACUUUCAAUCUUUUCCAUCGGUGGAUUGGGAGAAUUGUUGUUGUGGAAGCCAGCGUACACUUCUUCGCAUGGAUGGCGGCCUACAUCCAAGCCGAAGGAACUCGAGCAACACCAAAAGUAUUCGACCACAAUCCCUUCCUUCUCUAUGGACUUCUCGGCCUGCUUUCAAUGCUGGUCAUGGCAUUUCAUUCAUUCUCAGUGCUUCGACAUGCCUUCUAUGAAACCUUCUUGCACAUACACCAGGCCUGUGCCUUUCUGGCUCUGCUCGGAAUCUAUGUACACCUGGAUGUAGCCAAACUACCUGCGUACCCCUCGAUACUUACGGCGGUGGUGUUGUUGGUGUUUGAGCAUACAUGGCGUUUUGGCCGGCUGUUGUACCUCAAUUUCUCUCGCCGCGGAGGUGUCACCGCAGCACUUGUGGAGGCUUUACCAGGUGAAGCAUGCCGAGUGACAUUUCAACUGCCGCGCCAUAUCACCAUUCGACCGGGAAGUCAUGUGUAUGCAUAUCUUCCAUCAAUCUCACUUUGGAUGUCACACCCUUUCUCCGUGGCUUGGACUAAUGUCGAAUCAGAACCCGAGAUCAUGAACUACCGGCUCGGCCUCCCAAAGACUCCCGACUCACUCGAGAGGCAGUCAAUUUCCGGUGUAUCCACGCACUCAGUUGCGCCAACGAGUGUUUCCCUUGUCAUGGCAGCACGGAGUGGUAUGACCAGAAAUCUCUUCGAAGCAGCUCGAGCACAGCCGAAUCGCAAGUUACAGUUGAAGGGAUUCCUGGAAGGGCCUUACGCUGGACAUGAUUCUCUCGAAAGCUAUGGUACGGUUGUCAUGUUUGCGGGCGGUGCUGGUAUUACGCACCACCUUAUCCAGAUUCGCCACCUGCUGGCAGGUGCACGGUCACAAACGGUAGCAACACGAAAAAUGGUUUUGGUCUGGUCUAUUCGAGACACUCACCAAAUGGAAUGGGUAAAACCAUGGAUGAAUGAGAUUCUGCAUAUGGAAGGUCGCCGAGAAGUUCUCAGAAUUAUUGUGCACGUCAGCAAGCCAACGCAACCCAUCAAUCAAAACAAAAGCAAGCCUACAAUGCAGGUGGUGAAAGGACGAGUUGAUCCGGGGUCGAUCCUCGACGAAGUGUUACCGAUCCGGGUUGGGACUACAAUGGUCAGUGUCUGUGGGCCAGGAGCUUUGGCUGAUGAGGUGAGAGCGGCAGUUCGGAGCAGGAUACAUCUGGCUGCGUUGGAUAUGAACGAGGAGAGUUUUACUUGGUAAAUCGAAGAACUAGUCACAUAGAUAGACUUGAAUUCAUG